CAGGCAAACUAAACCACAUCGUGUCGUCUUCAUGGUGACUAACUAGAGACUCUGAGGUAACUACUUGUUGAUGUUAAAACUGUGGAUUUAAAGCUGAAAUAGAGACAUUUAAUCUCGUUGAUUUGGUGCAUGGUUAGCUAGCUGGCUAACUGUUAGCUUUAGGAGCUACUUUCGGCUAGCUGGCUAACUGUUAGCUUCAGAAGCUACUUCUUGCUGGCUAACGAGGUCCAGCCCUAAGAGUUGUUUACCCCAAGUUGUGGAUGUGGUCUCCCCCUACGCGUCUCACGGGAUUCUCUGGGAUAAAAGAGCAAGGACUACAUCUUCACACUGGAUUUAACACUGUGUACUGUUAGGAGACUAGCAGGAUGUCCACAGAGGUUGAGUGCAGUCUGGUCGGAUCGGCUGGUUUGACAGCGGCCAGCUCCGAGGAGAAGAACCAAAACAAGAUCGAGGCAGAGGCUCAGGAGGAGCAGCAUGGAGAAAAGCAGACUGAGAAGCAGCUAGACGACGACCACAGCAACACCGAGGCGGACAUGCACAAGAAAUGCAAAGAAAACGACAAAGAAAAUGACCAAAGCAGCACCGCUGACUCGGCUGUGGAGGCGGUGAAGAGCAAAGUUGUGGAAGCUCCUCCGCCGAAAGUCAACCCGUGGACUAAGAGGACGACAGGCAGGGUGCCGAGCAAUAACAUCAACAACUCCCAGGAGAAAGAUCAACAAAACGCUCUGAAAGUGGUCCGUCCCAGCAAGCCCAGAACGAGAAAAUCCAGCAAGUCGGGUGACUUCAGCGACAUCACAAACUGGCCCACUCCUGGUGAACUGGCCAAAGAGCCCGACAUGAUGUCUCCAAAUAUGAUCUUCCAGCAACAACAAAAUGUGCUCAACAACGGGAAGAAGCCUCCCGUCACACGCAAGGGGGAGAAGGAGACGAAGUCGGAGAGCAGCCAUGACGGUGGGGAGAGUAAAGAGAACCAGGAGGCUCAGCCCGACGCGCUCGCUGAGCUGCCCAAAGACGCAGAGUCCAAAGUGGGACCCGACGCCAAGAGCAGCAGCCUGAAGAAGAGAGGAGGGGAAGGUAACAAACGUAAGUGGGUGUCUCUGCCGCUGGAGGACGCGUCCCGGGACGACGGCGAGAAGACGUCCAGCGGCGACACGGAGACCGACUCCGCCGACCCCACAUCGCCCAAUCGCACACUCCAUAAUAACAAGGCGCAUGAUAGCAGCAGGAGUUGGAGAAGAGAGCCGCGGGACUUUGCGGACGAUGCUUCCAGCGUGCGGAGCGACAGCGGCAGCGUCCGUGGAGGAGUACGAGCCCGAGGGAAAGGUCGUGGGCGCGGGAGAGGACGUGGAAGUGGAAGAGGCCGCUAUGAAUACUCUCAGAGCGCCCGAGACACGCUGUCGUCCGACGGCUCGGUCCAGGUCUCCUCAGAGUUCGGCUCCAGCAUGGUUUACUACUACGACGACGGCAACAAGGUCCAGAUGUACUCGGUGGACCAAAAGCUUCUUAAAGAUUACAUCAAACGCCAAAUUGAAUACUACUUCAGCCUCCACAACCUGGAGCGAGACUUCUUUCUGAGGAGGAAGAUGGACGUGCAGGGCUUCCUCCCCAUCUCCCUCAUCGCCAGCUUCCACCGAGUGCAGGCCCUCACCACCGACGUCAGCCUCAUCUUGGAGGCGCUGAAGGGCAGUAAAGAGGUGGAGAUUGUGGACGGUAAGAUUCGCUGUAAAAUCGACCCGGAGCAUUGGCCCAUCCCGACCGCCGCCACCGUGGGAUCCCCCCACACCGACUUCUCCCAGCUCAUCAACUGUCCCGAGUUCGUUCCCCGUCAGACCCUCAGCUCCACCAACUCCGCUUCAUCGCCUGAGAAGAUGAAUCCUCCCGAAUCCUCUGAGUCUCAGGACUCUGCUGACCCUAGCUCCUCCAGCCAGGAGUCCCCCCCCGACAAAGACGCCCCCCCGCCCGACCCCGACGCCUGGAUCCAGGUGGAGAAACGCCACCGACAGCCCUCUGGAAAGGAGCGCAGCGAGGCUUCUCCAUGCAGCCAAGAGGCUCCUCCGCAGGCCGCGCCCGUCCAAGAGGAGCUGGACUUCCUGUUCGAUGAGGAGAUGGAGCAGAUGGCGCCGAGGAAGAACCGUUUCACCGACUGGUCAGACGAGGAUGACUCGGACUAUGAGAUGGACGACCAGGACGUCAACAAGAUCCUCAUCGUCACCCAGACGCCCCCGCACGUCCGCAAGCACCCCGCUGGAGACCGGACGGGGAACCACGAGUCCCGAGCCAAGUUCACCACCGACCUCGCCAAGGCCAUCAACGACGGGCUGUUCUACUACGAGCAGGACCUGUGGAAGGAGGAGGAGCAGGUGGAGAGCUUCAAGGAAGUGGAGAGCUUUAAGAAGCUGAACGUCAUCAGCAAAGACGAGUUUGAAACUCUCGCCCCCAAAGUGCCCGUUGAGCCGAAUCAGGACAUCUCGCCUCCUCUGUUGCCAGUGGACAGUGGAGCAGAGAUGGCUCGAUCUCUUCCUGCUACGGUCCCAGAGUCACCCGUCGCUCACCAACCCCGCACCCCCAAAACGCCUCGCACCCCCGGGCGCCAGGACCCCAGCAAGACGCCUCGCUUCUACCCCGUCAUGAAGGAGAGCGGCACCAUCGACGGACAGACGCCGAGGAAGAAGAAGACUCGCCACAGUUCGAACCCGCCUCAGGAAGCUCACAUCGGCUGGGUGAUGGACUCCCGGGAGCACCGGCCCCGCUCUGCGUCCAUCAGCAGCUCCAACGCCUCCCCGUCAGAAGGGGCUCCGCUGACAGGAAGUUACGGUUGCACCCCCCACUCUCUGCCCAAAUUCUGGCAUCCAUCCCACGAUCUGCUGCGGGACAACGGCUUCACUCAGCAGGGAUACCACAAGUACCUCCGCCGGUGUCUUAAUGAGAGGAAGCGUCUGGGGGUCGGUCAGUCGGGGGAGAUGAACACGCUGUUCAGGUUCUGGUCCUUCUUCCUGAGGGACAACUUCAACAGGAAGAUGUAUGAGGAGUUCAAACUGCAUGCUCUGGAAGAUGCCAAAGACAACUACAGGUACGGGCUGGAGUGUCUCUUCAGAUACUACAGCUACGGUUUGGAGAAGAGAUUCAGGUCCGAGCUGUUCAAGGACUUCCAAGCAGAAACCCUCAAGGACUUUGAGAGAGGUCAGCUGUACGGACUGGAGAAGUUCUGGGCGUUCCUGAAAUACUCGAAGGUGAAGAACCAGCCCAUCGACCCGAAGCUGCAGGAGCACCUCUCCCAGUUCAAGAACCUGGAGGACUUCAGGGUCAUGCCCCCGAUGGGAGAUGAGGGAGGCAGGAGGAGACGUCUCUCAUCCUCGGCUGGGGAUGAAGGGAGGCGUCGGCGACAUCCUUCCAACACUACCUCAAAACCUGCGCCGGCCUCAAAAUCCUCCACCACCUCCAGCGCUGCACAGAACACGCCCAAAGACAACGCCCCGAAAACAGCCGCCGCCGCCCAGGGGAAGAAGGCCGAGCCCGGGAAGAAGGAAAGUGUCGCAGCUAACAAAUGAAGCUCCUCCUGAAGGUGUGAGUUUGGAAAGAAGAUGAAGAGCGAGGCGACGGCGGCUCUGAGAUCAGCGUUCGCUCUUUUCAGUAGCAAAAGUGUUUGAGUAUGAAGAGAGACUGAGCGUGGUUGACUUAAUAUGAUUGUUUUUAUCUGUGCAUUUCAUUUUAAAGCAAGCAAAGCAAAGCGUAGGCAGUGAGCUUGAGUCUGUGCGCCUGGCCACUCAUAACGUUUACAACAUAUACACAAAAAAAAAAAACACAAAAAAAAAUGCAUUCCCUGCAUUUUGCCUUUUUAUUCUCUGCCAAAACUCUUUCAACACUUUUCGUUGAUCUCAAAUUCUGUAAAGAGCUCUGGUUUGUAUGGAGCUCUCCGCCUGUUCAACUGUGAUUCUAGUUUGCCAAGAUGAGAGAUAACGCAGAUAGUCUCGUGUGCCUUAAUCUGAUUCACCAGGAGGUAAAAUAGUUCAGAUUUUUAAAGUCUUCCCAAUUCAUCAUUUGAAUGUGUUCAAAACUGACAACACUUGCAGCUUUUUUCUUUUCUCACGACGUUAAUAUCUUUUUUAUCAUGACAAUCACUGCUGCAGUCAUACAUUUGUGAAGGACCCCCGAGGCUGCUGCUCAUCAGAUGUGUCCUGAUGUUUUCACUGACGGGCUUCACAGCUAAACGUAUCAUGUUGGUUUUUAAUUAAAACCUGCAAGAAAAAAAUGACAAAAUGAUGUGGGAAGCUUUACUUAUAGUCCCGUUUUACACCCAGAGCUAGUAUAAUUUAUUGUUUUAUUCUCGUUUUUAUUUUUACUUGAUUUGAGGAAUUAGUCUUAGGUAAUCAUUGCAGUUUUUAAUGGCUUUUGCUAUUGAAUAUUAUAUAUAUGGAAAAAAAAAAGAGGAAAUGUUUCUGCUGUAAUUGUGGGUGUGAAGCUAGCAUCAUAAGACUACAGUUUAUUUUAGCUUGAAGUUUACUUCAUAUUAUGUUUGAGGCUUUGUGCUCUUAAGCACUUAAUUCAUUAACUUUCCUUUUACUUCAGCGAUGAACUUAAAAGAGGUUUUAGAGUUGAACUUUAAGAAAAAAAAAUGUAAAUACUAUAAAAAAUCAUUUGCUAUUCGAUUAUUCUUUUUGAUUUUAAGAAGUGAUUUUGUUUUAUUGGUAGUGUGGUUUUGAGUGUGUAUUUAGGAUAAAGCAAUGCAUGUUAAUGCCACAGUCAUGAAUUGUAAAAUGCAAAAAAAUAUAAAAUAACAUUUGAUUGUAUAAA